CUGUGUGAGUCUGCUUGAAGCAAUGGAAUUCAGGUGUUUGGGGAAUUCACAGUAACUGAGCGAGAACCGUGUGAGUAUUGCAUAGCAUCAACUCGCACCAACAUAGCAUGAGGCCCAUUUGUAUUUGAGUCGAUGUGGUCGACUUGCUCGUGCCACUAGGCAGCAGGGUCACAUCCCUUGGCAUGUGACCCCCCUCGUGUUCCCUGGUCAUGACCUGCCAUCUGUGCUCAAUAGACCCCCCCCAAUCAGUCGCCGUUUUUGAUUGAAGUUAAUUUACUCGCAAGUGGAAGUGAAUUUAAACAAUGGCCUUCAUCUCGUCCAUGAGCCCAAACCAGAUGUUUCACUUUUCGGUACAGUGCAGCCAGAGGUGGCAUAACUUGAGUGGUUCCAAUUUCUCUGUGGUCAAUAACAGUGACUUAACUGAAAGCCAUUUGUAAUUAGUGGAGUGAUCACGAAAUAUAAUUCACUCUAAAUUGGCCAUACAUAUACAUCGGUACGACUAAAGUUUUACUAUCCCUGUGGUAUCACUAUCUGCUCUGGCGACGUUUAGGCAAGGAACCAUUAUAGUUAUAUCUACGAUUCCACGCUCCGCUGCCAACGGAGCAUCACCAAAUAUGAAAAAAACGAGAAACCUUGGUUUUUAUUGACUAUCGCUUUCGCAAGUGAUAAACUCGAUCUGUCGAGUGGCUUGAGGAUGGCUGUCCACGCUAAUUUUAGCGGAACAGCACAGUUAUUUUAUUGCACCGUUCACAUGCGUUGCACCGUUCACAUGCGUUGCACCGUUCACAUGCGUUGCACCGUUCACAUGCGUUGCACCGUUCACAUGCGUUGCACCGUUCACAUGCGUUGCACCGUUCACAUGCGUUGCACCGUUCACAUGCGUUGCACCGUUCACAUGCGUUGCACCGUUCACAUGCGUUGCACCGUUCACAUGCGUUGCACCGUUCACAUGCGUUGCACCGUUCACAUGCGUUGCACGGUCGGUGAUUUAAUUCCGCAGCCUCGGGGCUUGACACUGGUAGUAGCGCGGACUCGGGCGGGGGAGCGGCCGAUAAAAUUGAGUACCACUUUGUCGGGGAAAAAAGCAACAACAGCAGCGGCGGUUAUCUUCGCCGAUGAACUUGCCGCCCGUCAAGUCUAUAGUAACGUGGAAUUUCCACCGCGAGACCGAGGGGCUCGGUACAGAGUCAGUCCACCGUGGUUACUGCCACCUACCGGCCACGUGGGUCUUUAACGUCCACUUUGUAACCGCCGGUGGCGUGGUCGCCGGACACAGCGUGGGGAGCGCCGCUGACCGGUAGACCGCUAUAACUACCUUGACUGACCCCGGCCCGAGUACUUGAGCUCGGGUACUGCGUAUCGUGAGCGAACACCAUUGAGUCGUACGCGGGCGGGCACGCGCAACGAGGCGAGGGUUGCAACAGGGGCAACGGACGCGAGGAAAGUAAACAGCACGCGUACACUGAGACACGAAUAGAGAAAUAUUCACCGUUAGCCAAUACCUGCAACGCACACGAGGGGGUGGGUGGGUGGCCAGCACCACGCCAGGCCGCCUCUGUCUCCCCGGUGCCGAUGUGUACACAUCGCACCAGGCCCUCGUUUGAGGCUGAUUCGACCUAGGGGAGGGCUCGGCACCGAUUCAUAUAAUCCGUUACUUGGUGUUGGCCGAGAUCGGGAAUCUAACUCGGGUUCGCCCGCCAGGUCCGCUCACCACUUACAGCACCGCUCCCCACUUACACCACCGCUCCCCACUUACACCACCGCUCCCCACCGCACUCCCCGACACACACACACGCAUGUACUUGCACGGUUGGGGCUGACAGCCGCGCUGAUAACAACGGCACACACGAACCCACGCGCGCGUGUGCGCACGUGUUGGGACAGCCGUUUCUAAGCACGCCGCUCUCAGGGCAACUAGCGUCCCCCCCCUCUUCAACCCUCCCCCGUUUCAUCCAUCCUUCUCGCUCAGAUGCACACGCAUUCACACACACGCAUGUACAGGAACAGACACACACUCGUACAGAGAGAGAGACGCGCGCGCAGAGUUGCACACCGACUCCUCGCGUGCGCACGCACAGCGCACGUAGAGGCACACUUGCUACGUAAAAGACACGCGGACAGGAGCAAAGGAAUUCACACAGAGACAAAGAAAGGCAGAGAUCAUCCGUGCACUCUACAGUCUAUGUAGAUUUGGUGCAAGUGCUGUUAGCGAACGCGGCUCAUGAUGAGUGGUGGUGUGGUGGUGAAACCCCACGCGUAGGAGUACACUUACAUUUAGGCCCGCAACUCAUUCAUAUAGCGUGCGUACAGUACUGACGCACACGCAUGCACACAAGAAGUACACAGAAGCACUCGCACAAUAGUGAACGCGCUCACAGGCGUAUACAUGCACACGCAGGCACACUCACGUCGACACGCGCGCACACACAGACACACACACUCUCACACACACUCACCACGCGUGUCUACCGCCCCAUUCAUAGCUAGAUCGCGCUUCAAUCACGGUCGCCGCAAAUCCACCACCGCCGCCGCCUUGAGGCUCACCCCCCUCCCCCCGCACCUCCUCUCGAGCUUCGGCCUCUUGCCGUGCUGCAGCAGCAACUAGGAAGUGUGCACGGCGCGAUCGAGCAGGCGACCCGAGGGAGUGCUUUAGGAGGAGCCCGGCGCUGCGAUGUCUUCUUCCCGGCGGCACAGGAGCGCGUCCGGGGUGCGACCUCCGGUGGAGGAGAGAGACCGCGAGAUCGAUCGUCUGGGACGCACGCUCAGCGGGGGGCUUCCGCACGAUGUCGUCUCCCUCGAAGCCAAGAACCGCAGCAACGAGAAGCUCAUAUCUCACCUCAACCUGCAGGUGGAGUACCUGCAGCAGGCGAACCGCGACCUGCAGGAGCGCACGUCGCGCCUCUCGGAGCGCGAGCACAGCAAGGAGUGCGAGGCGGCGGAGCUGAGCGUGCGCAACGAGGAGCUGUGCCGCGAACUCACCGACAUCGACGCGCUCGCGCAGCAGAUGGAGCGCGAGCGCGACUCCACGCUGCUCUCCGCUCGCCGAGAGCUCGACACCGCCAAGUCUGAAAACAAGCGUCUGCAGAGAGAAGUUGAAGCAUAUGAAGAUAAAGUUGCUAAGCUGAGAUCCGAGUCGGGCGAGGCGGAGGCGGAGGUGGUGAGGCUGCGCGUGGAGCUGGAGUCUCGCGCCACCGAAAGCCGCCGGCUCUCUGAGCUGCUCGACUCGGCGCAGGACGAGAAGCAGCGGCUCAGCAACCGGCUCAACAAGCUCACCGUCACUGAGCGCGAGCUGGUGUUGGAGGUGGAGCGGCUGAAGCGACGCAACGGCGGCGGCGGCAAGGAGCGCGUGUCGCCGUCGCGCCUCGACUCGUUCGUUCGCACGCUCGAGGAGGAGAGGGACCACUUCCGCGCCGAGGCGGACCGCCUGGCGGCACUGCUGCGGGCCGGCGCCUCGAGCCCCACGCGCCACCGCAGCCCAAGCCGCACCUCCCCCGUCAAGGGCGGCACCUACGAGUCCAGGCUGGUGCAGGUGACGCGGGAGCGCGACGAGCUACAGGGCAUGCUGGACAAGUUCGAGCGCCACAUCGCCGAGAUCCAGGGCAACGUGAAGGUGCUCACGGCCGAGCGCGACAAGACCAACUCUCUCUACCAGCAGUCCCAGGAGGAGCUCGCCCGCCUGCGCCGGGAAGCCGUGCGGAGCCCCAAGUCGGCGCGCGCGGGGCUGGGCGCCCAGGCCGUGCUGCGGCGCGUGGAGCGCGAGCGGGACGACGCCAUCGCCGACCUGAGACGCAUGACGACCGAGCGCGACAGCCUGCGCCAGCGACUACAGAUUGCGCAGGAGACGGCGAUCAGCGAGCGGGCGAGGCUGGAGCAGCGGCUGGAGGACGUGGAGGCGAACGCUCUUACGUUGGAGGGAGAGCGCUCGGACCUGCGCGCUCGAAGCGCCGCCCUCAAGGACUCGGUGGCCGGGCUGGAGGAGGAGGUCAAGGGUCAGGCGCGCAGGCUGGCCGAGCGGGAGGACGAGCUUGCGCGGCACAAGUCAGAGCUCGGCUCCCUGAGGCUUCUGAACGAGCAAGCGGAGGAGGCCGUCUCGGAGGUGCAGCGCCGCCUCGUUGCCAAGUCCGCCGAGCUGCAGUCCACGCAGGACCGGGGCGCCAGGCUCGACGACAAAAUCGCCGAGCUGACUCGGCACAACGCGAACCUGCGCGAGGAGGUGGUGUCGCUGCGCGCGGCCGUCUCGGAUCUCGACCGCGAGAAGGAUGGCCUCCAAGAGGCCGUGGACGACAAGACGGAGGCCAUCGUCGUCCUGGAGGAGAGGCUCGCGCAGAAGGAUAAGAGCAUCGGAGACCUGCGGGUGACUGCGUCCGAGCUGGAGUCGACGCUCGACCGCGCUCGUGACUCGCUGGGCGGGCGCGAGCGCGAGGUGGUGUCGCUGCGGCGCCAGCUCGAGUCGGUGAGCGCCGAGCUCAGCGAAACGGGGCACGGCCGCGAGGUGGCCGUCCGCGAGAACCACCGCCUGCAGGAUGACCUGGUCACCAUGACGCGCGAGAACCAGACGGUGAACCACGAGCUGGAGGACGCGCUGCAGCAGCGCGAGCAGCUCAAGCUCAAGGUGCAGGAUUACGUGGCGGAGGUGGCGCGCGUGGAGGCGCUCCUUGCCAGCAAGGAACACGAGAACCGCGAGCUGCUGGAGCAGUUCCGUCGCGCGAGCAACCAGGCGGAGACGUGGGAGGUGAAGGCCACGGAGGCGGAGGGACAGACGAGCAACGUGCGGCUGGAGCUGCUCUCCACCGACACGGAGCGCCGGCACCUGCGCGAGCACGUCGAGCGCCUCGAGCGCGAGAUACAGGAGCACGAGGCGGCGCAGCAGGCGUACGAGACGCAGGCCUCGUCGCUGGGGCAGACGCUGGCGCGGCGCGAGGCCGAGCUGCGGCAGGUGCAGGCGGAGCGCGGCGCGGCGCAGGCCGACCUGGCCUCGGUGCGGGAGCUCUGCGUGAAGCUCGACUCGGCCAAGGAGACGCUGUCGCGCCAACUCACGGCCGCCAAGGUCGAUCACGAACGGGCUCUCACGGAGCUGGAGAGUGCCCGCACGGAGGUGGAAAUGACGCGCAAGCAGGUGGGCAGCGAGCGGGCGGCCGUGCGCAGCCUGGAGGCCCUGCUGGCUUCGGGGCGCGAGAAGGAGUUCCACAGCCACCUGUCGAGCCAGGAGCGCGAGUCGGAGAUCGGCCUCCUGCGGGAGAGGCUCACGCUCGCCGACAGCAAAGCGGUGAGCCAGUCGAGAGAGGUGGUCCAGCUUCGCAGCAAGGCCACGCAACUCGAGUCUGAGCUGGAGCUCACCAAGCGCCAGCUCACCACCGAGCGCUUUGAGAGGGAGCGCGCGGUGCAGGAGUUGCGUCGUCACGGCCUGGCCACGUCGCUGAGCGCAUCGUCGUCCUCUCCUCUCCGCUCCUCGCACAGCCCGCGCGGACGCUCCCCUGAACGGAGCGUCUCCUUCAGAGAUUGAAGGACCCCCGCGGCUGGGCGGUACGGGUGGCCACGGCGCCCCACGUCAGCCGCCUGACGGUUAAUGCCGCGGGCGUCUUGUCGCCAAGAUCGGCAGGAGAAACCCCGGAGCUGUAGGAAUCGUGGGCCGCCCGCCGUGUGAAGGCGUGUGAAGCACAUCCUCCUACCUGUGCGAUUUCGAUGUGCUUCUUUGUGAAUACGUUUGAACAAAUAUUGGGUGCUCUAUUGUAUUUUUAAAACGUAAUUUGUGUUUUGCGUUGUUUAUUUUUUUUUACGUGUGCGUUAUGGCUAACUUUAUUUUUGUACUUUAUUAAUCUCCUAUUGGUGAAUAAAAAUGUCAUGUUAUAAUCAAUUGCCAAAAGUAAAUUUUAUAUAUUUUUCUUUUUUGCAAUAAUUUCACUGCUCGCGCAGUAACCGUAACGCGGCUCACGAGCGCCUCUGACUUUGCCCGCGGGAUCGUGUUGGGCACAUUACGCGUGUCAAGCGUUGCGCGACUGUCUCCGUGCCACCGGUCCCUCAAGUAACAGCGGUCAUUCGUGGUGGUGCCUGCCCCACGCGACGCGAUCGCCACCGCCGCGUGGCACCAUCGACGUGUCGUGGGUCGCCACGAUAGGCGGAAAAAAAAAACUCGCGAAGGAAACCGCCGUCUCCCCCCCCGCCCGCCCGCCACCACCACAGACUGCCCCGGACGCAGGCAGGACUUUCCACCUCUCCGCGGUCGGAACGCGCGAGCGAUGUACCCGUCGGCAGCUUGCCUCCAGUUACAGUCCAGUGGCUGGCUCGUGAUGAGUCGAUAUGGGUGUAAAUAAAACAUUGCGUUUUGACCA